AUGGAUCAGCCUUCUUUUGCAGAUUUCGAGGUCCAAGGCCCAUUAUCACUUGGCCAAUUUAUCUCUGAAAUAGGAGUCCAAAUCGGUUCAGCUGUGAGACAUGUGAGUUAAAUUUGAAGGGUCCGCCAAGGAAAUUUGGUUAAAUAUAUUUUUUAAUUAAUUAUAGUUGUCAAGCGGCCGAGGUGGUUUAAUUAUUUUCAACCGAACCUGCGAUCCUCCCAUCGUUGACCUCAAUCUUCGAGUUGACAUUGCUGUUUCUCGCCGAGAACAACAAGUGGCGGAACAGACGCCAGUUCGAAUAAUAAAUGGACCUUUUGGUCCGAGACGAGUCGUGCCUAGCAAGGCACAACGGAUUAAUUCGACUAUUUGCUUCGUGGUAAGCUUAUUUUUUUAUAACUUAUUUUUACUACUAAUGUGUAUAUAUGGUUAUUGUUAUAGGUAUAUUGCGAUGAUAGAAACACCUAUUCAGCGUCGGUAAGUUUUGGAUUAUUAUAUAUAUUUUUUUUAUUAUCUUAUACUCAUUUAGUGGCAACCGUGA